AGGAAUGUGACAGUAGACCGUUCCAUGUGUCAGAAGAAAAGGCGAGCGGUCGCACAGAAACAGAUAUGGGCUCCAGUUGGACGAGUUGUUAGUGGUAAUGCGUAUAGAUUAAUAUUCUAUCUUGUAUUGUACGCCAGAACACAUUCUUCUAAGCCUCCGUGACACCUGUGAAAAUGGUUCAGAUCCUCAUUUCAAGUCCUGAGGGAGGUACACCCAGGGAGUGGAUGCUGCUGGAACUGCAGGGAGAGAUAGUAUCUCGUCAGAACACUGGGCUGACUGGGAACCUAAUGGGAGACCUGCAUUAUACUAAAGAGGGGGUUCCUGUGCUGAUAAUAGGACACCACAUAUUGUAUGGGAAAAUUGUGAAACUGGAGAAGCCCUUCGCUGUUCUUGUCAAACACUCCGGACUCCCAGAAGGCCCAGAAGAGGAUGCCAUGGAAACGAGCGAAGAGAGGCCUACAACGUACCAGGUUUCUGCGCUCAUCAAGAAGAAACUGAUCUUUAAAACCCGUCCCAAGCCAAUUAUCACCAACGUGCCAAAGAAAGUAUAGCUCCCAUAAACUGGCAUUCAUUUUCACAGA